CCGAUUGGAAAAGCGUUCAAAUGCCGAGAGAUGUCUUUGCAAAAAUGUGUAAGAAACGUAACGUUCCAAACAGUAAGUCGUCGUCGUCGUCGUUGUCUUUCAACGUUCUCCCCCCCCCGCCGUGGUCAAAAAGCUUUUGCUCGUCGUCGUCGUUUCGUUGUGUUGUUUUUUGCAUUUGGAACGCGACGCUUUUUUACUCGAAAUUUUCCAUUCCGCUUCGUGUUGCCAAAAAGCAAGGUCGGCUGUUUUUCUUUUUCGUCUUCUUCUUUUUGGCUGUUCGUUUGGUCGAAACGGUUUUUUUUCCUUUACUUUACUUGUAAGCUUACGGCUGUCGUUCAACUUUUGGGUUGUUUACCCGCUCGUUGGUUUGACGACGAGAAGCAACGCUUUCAGUUCAACCCCGCCAACGUGUGUGUUUCUUUUGACUCUUUUGCCCAUCCGCAUUUCGUUGUGUGCAGCAAACAGAGUUGACUUAUUCGCACUUUUAAGCAUUUCCGCGUUCCUUCUCCGCCUUGGUUGACCAAAACUCGAGGCCCUCCAGGUUCAAACCUGUGCCGCUAAACCUCCCAAAAACCCCCCACCAAAAAGCGCGCACCUUUGGGUCUUUUUCAACCAUUUUCCAAAGGCCCAACCCAUAGACAUGCAAUCGACCACAGCCACUACAUCGCUUCCACUUCCCUUCUCUCUUCCCUUUUCCUUUUAUCCUAUCACAAACUACCUUCCUACCAUACCCCUACCAAAGUUCUUGAUCAAGGCAGAAAACCCUGAUAUACGAUUGCCGGAAGAUCUGCUCGAUUUCCUAUGGUUCGCAAUUGGUUGGGCGAUACUACAUGCCGUGCUGCUGAAAUAUGUCUUUGAGCCUCUAGCUCGUUACCUUGUUCCUCCACCCAAUGCUCCUACGAAAGCUGACCCAAAAGUUGCCGAUGCAAUCGAGGGCUGUUCGUCUUCAACUACCAGCAAAUCUGCUCCAAAGAUUCGAGCUAGGAAAGGGGCAAACGGUAUCAGUGCGACCCAUCCUCACAAAAAGGCUCCACGAGAGCUCGCGCGUCUGCCUCCCGUAGACGAUCGAACGAAAUUCUCUCUGUCUGCUUGGAAGCUAGUUACUUAUGGUGCGAGUACAGUGACAGGGCUCUACAUUCUGUUUUCGGAAGACUGGAUGUUGACCCCAGACAUGUAUUGGGAGCAAGUAGGGCAACCCGGACGGAUGAGCGAUCUCGUCAAAUUCUAUUAUAAGCUGGGGUUCAGCAGCUAUCUCUAUCAUUCCGUUACCAUCUUCUUCGAACCAAAGCAGAAAGAUUUCCCGGUGAUGGUGACCCAUCAUCUUGUCACUCUCAUCCUCAUGUUUUUGAGUUAUGUGUGGCCGUAUUACCGAGUUGGAUGCGCAAUCUUAUUGCUGCAUGAUUGCAGCGACCCGAUUAUGGAGGCGGCCAAGAUGGCACUGUAUUCUGGCAAAACACGGGCUGCCGAUGCACUUUUCGCGGCCUUUGCGGCCGUGUUUAUCUGGACGCGCAACUGGAUUUUCCCAGUCUACGUUAUCCGGAGUUGCUACGAUUGGUCAUUCAAGGAUAAUACGUCACUGAUCACCCCGGCAACCGCAGCGACAGCAUUUUUGAUAUUGUUGGAAGCCUUCCAUUUGUAUUGGGCGUCUCUGAUAUUGAAAAUGGCCAAAAAGGCCAUCCUAGAUAAAGGUGUCAGUGACGAUACACGAAACCAUUAAGGACUUUUUCUCUAAGCACGCGCGGUUAGAUGUGGUAUCAAAGAAUGGCCUUGGUUAUGAACCUUAUAAAGAUUAUUAUGAGGGAUACAUAGGCUGACAUUCGCUCGAAUGUUGGUCAACCUUUUGCAGACUGUUUUUAGAGAAGGGUUGACCUUGAAAUGAAAUCAUUGCAUAUAUCACAAGGCGCUCGAUUGUGACAGUUGGCAAAGAACGCAUUGAACAAACGUGACCUGUACGCGACCGUCAUGAACAUCAUCUUGUCCGACUUCCUUCAUUCUACUUCAGAUAGAACCAUUUAUCGCCCUUCCCUUGGCAAAUAAAAUACCGCCCAUUUCCCCCACUGUAUGAAACCCAUCCAAAUAGAUAAGCGCUACCAAAAUACAUUAGCUAUUUCUCAAAUAACA